AGAUUCUGUGGUGGAUGAAAUCAGUAAUUGUUACCGGUGCUUGAAUGAGUGAAAGCAUAGACAUGACGGAUUUCGAUUCCCGGAGUCGUCAGAGGAAGAAAUCCUCGCCCCAAGAGCGCCUCCUAAGCGAAUCAUCAGACGACCACAAGUCUCACCACAGCUGGCGAGACUUAAAAGGGGACUAUGGAAACAUAGCUGUGCUUUACUUUCUGUACGUUUUGCAAGGAAUCCCCAUCGGUCUUGCCGGCAGUGUACCAAUGAUUUUGCAGAAUCGCGGUGUGAGCUACAAGGAGCAAGCGGAAUACAGCUUCGUCAAUUGGCCCUUCAGCAUCAAGCUCUUGUGGGCACCGAUUGUCGAUUCCGUGUUUUGCAAGCGAAUCGGGAGGAGAAAAACCUGGCUGAUACCUGUGCAAUAUCUUCUGGGUCUCGCCAUGAUGACUUAUGCGUAUUUCGUCGACGAGCAUUUAGGAGAAGCGCCAGCUAGUCAUCCGAAAGUCGGGACUUUAACGAUGAUGUUUUUCGGACUGAAUUUCCUCGCUGCGACGCAAGACAUUGCCGUUGAUGGCUGGGCCUUGACCAUGUUGAAGAGAGAAAAUGUCGGGUUUGCAUCGACUUGCAAUACCGCGGGUCAGACAACGGGUUAUUUUCUUGGUUCAGUCGUGUUCAUGGCCCUGGAAUCAGCCGAGUUUUGCAACUCUUACAUAAGAUCUGUUCCGGAGCCGAAUGGACUUCUGAAAUUAUCAGAUUUCUUAUUCAUUUGGGGCAUAAUAUUCCUAGUAACGACGACUCUUGUUGGAAUCUUGAAACAUGAGAAGGAUGGAUCUGAAUUACCCGCCGGGGAAAUGCAUGAAGAAGGCGUUCUCGACACUUAUUUCACCCUUUGGAAAAUUCUGAAGCUACCGAUUGUGAGGAUUACGGCUAUUUUCCUACUCACCAGCAAAAUUGGUUUCGCUGCCACGGAUGCCAUCACAGGCCUGAAAUUGAUAGGGAAAGGUGUGCCCAAGGAGAGUCUCGCCAUGCUCGCAGUUCCCUUGGUUCCGUUGCAGAUCAUUCUUCCUGUCAUGAUCUCAAAGUAUACAGCUGGGCCGAAGCCAAUGGAGGUGUUGCUGAAAGCCAUGCCCAUGAGACUGAUGUUCGGAUUCGUGUUUGCCUUCGUUGUUUGGGUCACGCCAUGGUUUGAAGUGAGCAAAGGAACUUUUGCUUGGUACUAUUACGCGUUGCUCUUGGCUGUCUACAUGAUGCAUCAGGUAACGCUGUACAGCAUGUAUGUAGCAUUGAUGGCGUUUUUUGCGAAAGUGAGCGAUCCGAAAGUCGGGGGGACCUACAUGACGCUGAUGAAUACCCUUACGAACCUCGGUGGAAAUUGGCCUGCCACGUUGAUGCUUUGGAUUGUGGAUAACUUGACUCUGAAAGCUUGCAUGAGUCCUGCAAAUGGAGAACGUAUUGAUCCUGUCACUUGCUAUGAACCUGAUGCAAAUGAGCAAUGCCUCGGUUUGGGCGGAAGAUGCGAAGUGACCCUUGACGGAUAUUACAUAGAAACUGCGAUUUGCGUGGUGAUAGGGUUCCUUUGGCUACAGGGUUGGGGCAGAAGAACGGCAAAAACCCUUCAGAAUCUUCCCUUGAAGUCGUGGAAAGUUCGGUGAAAAUGCCGCAUUUGUUACACGCACACCAGCACACAUGCUUUUCCCCCAGCCCCUCGUUUCUCAUGACUCGAAUCUUUGAAGUGUGUAGUCUUUUUCCCAACUUUUGAUUGUUCGGUCUAAGAGAAGAAUGCGGAUCAUGCAAUUAUUUUUUGUUGUUGUUCGGAGAGAAGUAUUUUCUUUUGUUGCAAGUCUGCUCAGCUGUUCCGUUUGGUCGGUGACUUCUUUGGUUGUUUGUUGCCGAUACGGCUGAUGAUUCCGACGUCAGUUUUGUUCCAAAUCGAGGUCUCGAUGUUGGGGAAAACCGUUGCUGUGAUUUUUUGUCUCUGGCGGGGAUAAACCAGGAUUUAGCGCAAGAAGGCGUGUAGACAUUUUAU